AACAUUCGCACAAUUCGCGCAAAGGAAAUAUUUUUGAUUUGUUUUAUUUUAUUCAUUUCAUAAAACAAUUUAAAAAGGAAACUAGCGUUUUAUCCGAGAAUCACAUAAGGCACAGGAAUCCACAAAUAUCAAUAAAAAGUCUACAGAAGCUCUUGAAUUUGCAUUGGAAACUAAAAAUGAGAGGACGUGGACGUGGCCGAGGACGUGGCCGAGGACGUGGCCGUAAAUCAAAUGUUGCAAGCCAAGAGCGUUCCUCUGAAAAUACUCAACUGGCCUUCGAUAACUAUGAAGAUCCGCUUGAUUUUGAUGAGAGUGUUAAGGUGAAGAACGAAGUAUUUGUUGAUGAAAUUAUGCCGGAAUGCGAAGUCUUUGGCAUGAUGAGCAGUCAGGAUCUGCUGGAGGAACAGCGACGCACGCAGCGAGGCAUGAUAGCCAUUGAUGAGCGCAACAUCAAUGAACGUUUAGGUUCCCUGGAGCGUAAAGUGGAUUUCCUGAUAAAUUUGCAUGUCAAGAUCCUCGCCAGAGUUGACAAGUUGUGCGAGGAUGCUAAGGAGGUGGUCGAACCCACAGAGUUUCCUAUCAAAUCCAAGGAAGAACUGGAGAUCAUGGAUGAGAAGAUCGCGAAUGCUCCUGAUAAAUAUAUCGAAUUGUUUAAGGUUCUUUUUAAACCAGACGGUUUUGAAAAGCAUAUUUGUCGCAUUUUCAACGAUGAGAUGGUCAUCGAAAUGAACUUUGAUGGCGCCUGUUCCAAGCUGGGAUUAACUAACUAUGCCAAUUUGAAUUCGGCUUUAUUUGAAUCGCUAAAGAGAGAGGGUUUUACAUACGGUGAUUAUAGAAAGACGGUCCGAUCGGCUUUCAACAAGACUAAAAAUCGUAUCUAUAAAUCAUGGACGCGACGUAGACAAGCUAAAUCUGCGCCAGCGCCAUCAAAAAGAGCUAUGACUCCCAAGGAAGAUUCGGCAACAGGUGAUGAAGAGGAAGAUGAGAGUUAUGAAAAUCCUGAAUAUAAAACUACAUCGAAAAAGCGCGGUAUAGAAAAAUCAACGCCUAAGCUAGCAAAAAGAGUCAUGGUUGAAAAAGAGAAAUCACCACCAGCUUUGGAAGAUGCAGAUGAAUUUGAGGUGGAUAGAUUUGAGGACUCGUCGCCAAUGGAUUUUGUCAAAGCCAAUCUGGAUAUUUUGGAGGAUGAUUAUGAACCAGAGAUGUCAGCAGAACUUGAAGAACUUACAGUCGAUUUUCCCAUCAAGGAUAAAAGCCAAUUGGACGCUGUCGAAAAAAAGAUUUCAAGCAAUCGAGAAAAAUAUGUUCGGUUGUUUAAGUUUUAUUUAAAGUCCGGUAGCUUUGAGGAAAACUGUGCGUCCUUUUUCGAUGGAAGUUUGGCAGUUGAUAUGAGCUAUGAAGGACUCGGCUCGAAAACGGCAUUCAGCAAUUAUGUGCACUUUAAUAUUGCUUUAUUUGAAUCUCAAAAAAGUGAUGAAUUUACGUACGAAGAUUAUAAAAAGAGCGUGCGUAAUGGUUUUUUAAAAUACAAAAAAUGGAGACGCAACGAUAAGAAGAAAUAGUUUAGAUUAAUAUUAAUAUAACUUAUUAGUCUUAAGCAAUAGAAUAGUUCAACUACCAGUUUUAUAUUUAUAAUG